CCAAGCGUGCGCGCCUUGGUAACCCGCUAGAAAUCCCGCAGGCGCGCCUGCCUCCUCUCUCCGGGCCUGAGCUGCCCCUCCCACUGCCCCUCCUCCUUCCCGCGAGGCAGGAGCUUCGCGAGGGCUCAGAGACCGGGUGGGCUGCGCGACCCUGGGCCAGCUGCAGGCGAGAGAAAGCGCACCCUCUCCCGCGCCCCUGGAGACCGCGGGCGUUCGGGGCUGCGCAGAGCCAUGGAAUUCUCCUGGCUGGAGACACGCUGGGCGCGGCCCUUUUACCUGGCCUUCGUGUUCUGCCUGGCCCUGGGGCUGUUCCAGGCCAUUAAGCUCUACCUGCGGAGGCAGCGGCUGCUGCGGGACCUGCGCCCCUUCCCAACGCCCCCCACCCACUGGUUCUUUGGGCACCAGAAGUUUAUUCAGGAUGAUAACAUGGAGAAGCUUGAGGAAAUUAUUGAAAAAUACCCUCGUGCCUUCCCUUUGUGGAUUGGGCCUUUUCAGGCAUUUUUCUAUAUCUGUGACCCAGACUAUGCAAAGACAUUUCUGAACAGAACAGACCCCAAGUCCCAGUACGUACAGAAAUUCUUAUCUCCGCUUAUUGGAAAAGGACUAGUGUCUCUAGAUGGACCCAAGUGGUUCCAGCAUCGUCGCCUGCUAACUCCUGCGUUCCAUUUUAACAUCCUGAAAGCAUACAUCGAGGUGAUGGCUCAUUCUGUGAAAAUGAUGCUGGAUAAGUGGGAGAAGAUUUGCAGCACUCAGGACACAACCAUGGAGGUUUAUAAGCACAUCAACUUGAUGUCUCUGGAUAUAAUCAUGAAAUGCGCUUUCAGCAAAGAGACCAACUGCCAGACAAACAGCACCCGUGAUCCUUAUGAAAAAGCCAUAUUUGAAGUCAGCAGAAUCGUAUUUCACCGCUUGUACAGUUUCUUGCAUCACAGUGACAUAAUUUUCAAACUCAGCCCUCAGGGCCGACGCUUCCAGAAGUUAAACCAAGUGCUGUAUCAGUACACAGAUACGAUAAUCCAGGAUAGAAAGAAAUCCCUCCAGACUGGGGGAAAGCAGGAUAACACUCAGAAGAGGAAGUACCAGGAUUUUCUGGAUAUUGUCCUUUCUGCCAAGGAUGAAAAUGGUAGCAGCUUCUCAGAUGCUGAUGUACACUCUGAAGUCAGCACGUUCUUGUUGGCAGGACAUGACUCUGUGGCAGCAAGCAUCUCCUGGGUCCUUUACUGUCUGGCUCAGAACCCUGAGCAUCAAGAGAGAUGCCGGGAGGAGGUCAGGGGCAUCCUGGGGGAUGGGUCUUCUAUUACCUGGGACCAGCUGGGUGAAAUGUCGUACACCACAAUGUGCAUCAAGGAGACAUUCCGAUUGAUUCCUGCAGUCCCAUCCAUUUCCAGAGAUCUCAGCAAGCCACUUACCUUCCCAGAUGGAUGCACAUUACCUGCAGGGAUCACUGUGGUUCUUAGUAUUUGGGGUCUUCACCACAACCCUGCUGUCUGGAAAAACCCAAAGGUCUUUGACCCUUUGAGGUUCUCUAAGGAGAAUUCUGAUCAGAGACACCCCUAUGCCUACUUACCAUUCUCAGCUGGAUCAAGGAACUGCAUUGGGCAACAGUUUGCCAUGAUUGAGUUAAAGGUGACCAUUGCCUUGAUUCUGCUGCACUUCAGAAUGACUCCAGACCCCACCAGGCCUCUUACUUUCUCCAACCAUUUUAUCCUCAAACCCAAGAAUGGGAUGUAUUUGCACCUGAAGAAACUCCCUGAAUGUUAGAUCUCAGGGUACAAUGAUUAAAUAUAAUUUGCUUUUAAGUUAAAUUUACAGCUAAUGGUUCAAGCAGCUAGAAAAGAAUCAAUGUAUAGUGGAAGGAUUGGAGGUUGGUGGGAUAGGGGUAUCUGUGAAGCUAUACAUGAUGCAAAAUUAUUUCUAGGUACGCAGUGUAUCAGGUAGAUCUGUUUCUACAUGACUUUGGGAGAUUUUCAGAUCUUUUCUGUUAGACUUUCACUACUAUUAAUGCUAUAUACCAAUAGAAUUUCAUCUAUUUUCUGUUGCUUUUAGAAAUAGUUUUCAGAAUUAUGCAAGUAGUAAGUGCAUGUAUUCGCAUUGUCAAAAAUUCCCAACUAGAAAAGCAUGUAGAAUAAACAUUUUAAUCUCACUUCACAUUCCAUAGCCUACAUUCCAUGCCCUGAUCAAUCCCACUGCUUUUCCUAAAAGCAGAAUCGUUUGGUGUGCAUUCUUUCAGACUUUUUCCUGUAGACAUGUAGCAAUGUAUUCUUAUAGAUGUGAUCAUACCUAUAUUAUUAUUGACUUUUUUUCACUUAAUAAAAAUUUACCUUAUUUCUUAUCA